UUGCGCUACAUACAUGCAUGUGCAUUUUUUGAAAACUCCUGUUCCCAGGCAAAUAUUUCAAAAAAAUUUUAAUGUUUUAAUCUCAGGAUGAUAUAAAGGAGUUAUUUGAUUCACUUGUGGAGUGUAGAUAUUUGGCACCUGUCUAAUUUUGUCCCUUGAUCUACUUAUCUACUUACUGGUCGAUAUACAAAGUGAAGAAGCAUAUACACAAUUUCUGUUAUGGAAACAGAUAAAUAUACAUUAGUUGUCCGGAAUCUUCAGGAGGUGAUCGGUGAGGAUGAUCUUCAAGUUUUACUAAAAAAGCAAAAUCCAGCCAUGGCUGUUUACUGGGGUACUGCUACAACUGGUCGACCACAUAUAGCCUAUUUUGUUCCAAUUCUUAAACUGGCUGAUAUGCUUCGAGCAGGCAUUAAGGUGACUGUACUCUUUGCUGAUUUACACGCCUACUUGGAUAAUAUGAAAGCUCCAUGGUCUUUACUACGUCUUCGUACAAAGUAUUAUGAAGCUGUUAUAAAGGGAAUGUUUCGUUCUAUAUGUGUACCGUUAGACCAGUUACAUUUUGUACGUGGAGCUGACUAUCAGUUGACUGAAGAGUAUUCUAUCGAUGUAUAUCGUUUAAUGGCUUUAACCUCAGUGCAUGAUGCUCGUAAAGCAGGUGCAGAAGUUGUCAAACAAGUCAGUAAUCCACUUGUCUCUGGACUGUUGUAUCCACUGUUACAAGCAUUAGAUGAAAUCCACUUGAAAGUGGAUGCUCAAUUCGGUGGAGUUGAUCAACGGAAAAUAUUCAUGUUAGCUGAAAAGUAUCUACCUCAUCUUGGACAUAAGAAGAGAGUUCAUUUAAUGAAUCCAAUGGUUCCAGGAUUAACUGGCGGAAAAAUGUCUUCCUCUGAAGCUGAUUCAAAAAUCGAUUUAUUAGAUCCACCGAAUUCAGUUAGUAAUAAAUUGGCUUCAUCUAUUUGUCCGCCAAAUAUGACAGCUGAACAAGGCAAUGGUGUACUGGCCUUUUUAAAAUAUGUCAUAUUCCCUUUAGUUCCAAAAAGAACAGGAUUAUCGAUCCCUCGAACUCCAAAACCAUACUUUGAUUAUUCUCAAGUGGAAAAAGAUUAUCUUGCCAAUAAAAUCCCGGCUGAUUCUCUUCGAUCCAUUGUCGCUGAAUGUUUAAAUGGUCUGCUAGAAACUGUUCAAAAUGAUUUUAAAGAUCCUAGCCUUCAAAAACUUGUCCAUGAUGCCUAUCCAACAGAUGAUAAGGCAUUCAGUAAUUCUGCUGGUCAUGAUGAGUUGACAAUGUUCACAGAUAAAAAGCCUACUGUCUUACAAGAGAUCGAAGAGAGAAUUAAUCAUAUUCCCAAGAUUACUGAUAAAUCUGCUCUGUUGACGGCAUUUGAAAAUGAAUUCGUGAUUAAUUAUUUGUGUAAUUUAUUGCAUCAAAUGUCAUCAGCUGAAAUACAUUAUGCCUAUAAAUUAUUCCAUCAUUUGUGUGAGUAUACAAUUGAAUUACUGGUGAAUAAAUUAAUUUCAAAUCAAGUUGAAUAUAUUCAUCAUAAUGAAGUGAAUAAACAAAUAUUGAAUUUUGUACAAUUGAAACAUUCAACAAAUUGUGAUUUAUUAUUUAAUGAGACAAAGCUGACAAAUACCAAUACGAAUGAGUAUAA